UUUUUUCUCACACUGUAAUUCGCCGUCAAAAUCACACAUUGUGCUCUGCUUUGCCGACAUGAACGGGUCGGGUGUGAAAUGCAACCCAUUUCAGAAAUAUUUUCUGGAGGUAGUUCGAAACGGUGACUGUGAUGAAUUACAAAAGAUUUUAGAGACCCGUGAUGAGAAGAUAAACAUAAACUUAUACGACAAUGAGGGACAGACGGCCCUUCAUCAAUCCUGUCAAAUCGGGAGUCUAAAGAAGGUGCAGAUACUGGUGAAAUUUGGUGCGGACGUGAAACUUGCUAACAGGGACGGAUGGAGCGCGCUACACAUCGCCUGCUUUGGGGGGCAUCAGGACAUUGCUCUGUACUUGAAUUCUACAAAAAGUCGAAUUAAAACUGUGUCAUCCGCCGCGGACACCUGAGAUGUGCGGGUUUCUUCUGUGUGUGAAUGUGUAUAUGUGUGGAAUUUUGGGACAUGUCUGGAGUAUCUGUGUGAUCAGUUCAUCUUCAUUUUGUUAUAGGAAGACAGAGACGUGAGCUGGUGAUUAUCGGUGUGGCAUUUUCUCAUUCGCUACCUCAUCCCCCCCACAUACUGGGUAUAUGCCUCGGUCGUGGUACCCCCCGCAUUUCAUGUGUAUUAAUUGACGCUUUAGUCCUUGGCCAGUAAAGCGCAGUAUAAAUGGCACCCCCACCCAAAAACUGCUGAUGGUUGCAAUCGUUACGUCGAUUAUGCUUUGUGAUACUGUUGUUGCUGACUUCUGAUGAAGUCAACAAUUUUUAUUAUUUACGAAUUUUUGUUGUUAUUACCAAAAUCGAUUGUUACAAAUUAUUAUUAUUAUAUAUAGUGUAAAGCAAUGGUACACUUAUUAAAUAUUUUCCAAAAAUUUA